UCUGGGUCUUAAGAUUUGGUGAGUUUCUGUGCUGAGUGAAAAAAAAAAAAAAAGUAGUUUCACACUUGAGCUCGGCAAGCAGCAGCAGAGGCAGGAAGAUGUAAUCACGGAUGUGGGUUCCAGCAAGCUGCUGCACAGGAGAACUGCGCUGGCGGCAGAACUCUCCGCGAUGAAUCCAGAAGAACAAAUUGUAACGUGGCUUAUUUCAUUAGGAGUUUUAAAUUCCCCUAAGAAAAUAGUAGAUGAUCCGGAGGAGUUCCUGAAAACUUCUCUGAAAGAUGGAACUGUGCUUUGUAAACUCAUUAAUCGACUUCUUCCGGGAUCUGCAGAAAAGUAUUGCCUGGAGCCUAAAAAUGAAGCUGACUGCAUCAGUAAUAUUCAAGAGUUCUUGAAAGGCUGUGCACUCCUUAAAGUGGAGGUGUUUGAUCCACAUGAUUUGUACACCGGAGAACAGUUCUCCAAGGUCCUGAGUACAUUAACAGCUGUAAAUAAAGCUACCGAAGAUCAGCCAUCAAAAGGGCCAUGUUCACAUCUAUCGUCUCUUAGCUCUGCGGCUCACACUGACUCCAACGGCACAGCUUCACAGUCAGCGAGGGUGUUAAGGAGGCAGUCCAAGCCUGUGGAGAUGACCGAGAAUGGCAGUCAUCAGCUGGUGGUAAAGGCCAGGUUCAAUUUUAAGCAGACCAAUGAGGAUGAACUCUCCGUUAACAAAGGAGACAUUAUUUAUGUCACCCGGGUUGAAGAAGGGGGCUGGUGGGAAGGGACCUUGAAUGGAAAAACAGGCUGGUUCCCAAGCAACUACGUCAGAGAAAUCAAAUCCACCGAUAAACCACUCUCUCCCAAAGCAUUAAAAGGACUCGAAAGCACUCAGCUGACAAAGAAUUAUUACCCUGUGGUGUUGCAAAAUAUUCUGGAAACAGAACGAGAUUAUGCGAAGGAACUACAGUCACUUCUGGGAACUUACUUAAGACCCCUCCAGUCUUACGAUAAGCUCAGCGCUGUGGACAUCGCAUCAUUGCUGGGAAAUGUGGAAGAAAUCUCUGCAUUUCAGCAAACACUGAACCAAGCCUUGGAAGAAGUUGCAAAGCUCCCUGAGAACCAGCAGCGUGUGGGAGGCUGUUUCAUGAACCUGAUGCCCCAGUUCCGCUCCCUGUACCUGACGUACUGUGCUAACCACCCAUCUGCAGUCAACGUCCUCACGCAACACAGUGAUGAGCUGGAGAAGUUCAUGGAGAGCCAGGGUGCGGCCAACCCAGGCAUUCUCAUCCUAACCACGAGCCUCAGCAAACCCUUCCUGAGGCUGGAUAAAUACGUGACACUGCUGCAGGAGUUGGAGCGGCACAUGGAGGAGGCGCAUGCAGAUCACGAAGAGGUUCUGAAAGCCGUCACAUCCUUCAAGUCCCUUGUGUCGCAAUGCCAGGAGCUGAGGAAGAGGAAACAACUUGAACUGCAGAUCCUUUCCGAAUCCAUCCAGCGCUGGGAAGGAGAGGACAUCAAAACGAUGGGAAACAUCAUCUACAUGUCCCAAGUUAUGGUACAGUGUGGGGGAAGUGAGGAGAAAGAAGAGCGGUAUUUCUUGUUGUUUUCAAACGUUUUGCUGAUGCUGUCUGCAAGCCCACGGAUGAGUGGGUUCAUCUAUCAGGGAAAGCUGCCUUUGACAGGAAUGACGCUGACAAAGCUGGAAGAUGCUGAAGGGAACGAGCACAUGUUUGAAAUCGCAGGGAACAUGACGGAGCGGAUCACUGUGUCCUGCAGCACCAGCCAGGACUUGCACGAAUGGCUUGACCACUUGCAAAGGCUGACCAAAGGGACGUGCAACACGGUAUCCAAAACGCAGUCCUGGAGCGCUCAUUCGACGUUUAGUUCAGCCGGACAGAUCCGUGGGCCUCUAGAACCCCCCAAAAUCCUCAAGCCCUGGAGCUUGAGCUGCCUCCGUCCUGCUCCUCCGCUCAGACCGUCGGCAGCGCUGAGUUACAAAGAGAGGAUGUCUUAUAUCUUAAAGGAUUCCAGCAAAAGUCCAAAAACAAUGAAGAAGUUUCUUCCAAAAAGGAAAACUGAGAGAAAACCAUCUGAUGAAGAGUUCGUUAUUCGGAAAAGUACUGCUGCGCUGGAAGAAGAUGCUCAGAUCCUGAAGGUGAUCGAGGCAUACUGUACCGGGGCAGGCUUCCAGCAAGCCCUCAGCUCAGGCUCCCGUAAAGACUCCAUCCCCCAAGUCCUUCUUCCUGAGGAAGAGAAAAUCAUCGUAGAGGAAACACGAAGCAACGGCCAGACUGUCACGGAGGAAAAGAGCCUUGUUGACACGGUUUAUGCACUGAAAGAUGAAGUCAAAGAACUGAAGCAGGAGAACAAAAGGAUGAAACAGUGUUUGGAGGAAGAGCUUAAAUCCAGGAAGGACUUGGAGAAGCUGGUUAGAAGGCUGCUGAAGCAGACGGAUGAGUGUGGCAGGGAAGACACGGGGCGCAAAUCAUCCCUGAUUGCCUGAAUUAGGGGAGAAGCUGCUGGCAGUGGUUUGUGACCUCAGGUGUUUUUUGGGAAGCGGAACUGGAUCCUUUGCCUCUUCUUGCUCCUUAUUUUGUUGGUUUGGGGAAUUUUGUUACCAAAAAAAAAAAAGUAAUGGAGAAAAAAAAUUGGUUUUCUUCCAUCCAGUAAGGAAAUAAACCAGAAACAAUCGAUCACAACUAAACCAGUAAGCAAGCGGUCCAUGAUUCACAAUUCAUCUGCAGCAACUAAUACCUCAUCCGUACCUGCUACUGGGAGCAAAUACAAACUCUGCUAAUGAUUGCCACUCACAGAGGGUUUGGCAGCAGUUUCCUAGAGGAAGCUUAAGCACUUUUUAAUGCUUUCAUUCUUUUCAAAAGCACCGGUACCUAUUUAUUGAAUGAAAACAUUAUUGAGGUGGCAUUGAGCAGAAACCAAAAAGCACCAUGCUCCUCUUUUCAGAUAAUCACAACUGGGGAAGAUUUUCCCAACCACCUUCUUUUUCCCCAUUAGUUGACUGUAGCGAACUAGAGCCCAGCAAUACUGUGGUUCCCGUGUGGCCUUGAUACUGAUUAAAAUGUGCAAUUAACAUGAAGACAUUUGAACUCCUUGGGGAAGUCAGAUCUGGAGCACCUGUCAGAGCGCAUGGGAAGGUAUGUUGCACAGUGCUGCCUCCUAACAGCUCGUGAUCAGCACAACAGGUAACUGCUGUUCUGCCCCCCCAUCCCUUUUCUUAUGCAUGACCUAUAACUCCUACCCCCUGGUUUUUCACAUUGAGUGUCCAGGUAUCGUAUGAGUUUAUAGUUUUGCUGUGCUUCCCCUUGCAGGACAUGCUUUUCUCUGUAUGAAAUGUAAACACUGCUUGACAACAAAAAACAACCCCCAAGUGUGCUGGUUCCCUGCUCCCUUCUGCCCACGUUAGGCUCUCCAUCGCUCCUUUCCAAAGGCUGGGAACCUAGCCAACGGCCACUUCUCCCCCCGUCGCCCCAAAGGGGCUUUCGGCUAGGAAAAAGGAACUUUCUCUUGGGAUAGGAAAGAUAUUUAUGCUUUGACAAGAACUGAAACGCUCCUGGGGCAAGGAUGUGCAACACCCUUCCAGAUCCCUGCACAGCUCCUCGAACACAGCACACAGGCAACAUGCAUAUGUAUCGGCUAUCUUCAUCUUAUUUGGUGUUAUACUCUAGUUUAGAACUGAUGUUUUCCUUCCUUCCUUAGCAGCAUUAUAAAAGUAACCUUCUGUUAAAGUUAAUAAUAAGUCUUACAUAUAUCACAGGGCAGCAUGGUCCCAGGGUGUGCAGACACACCACAGCUCAUUACAGUCAUACCAUUACGUUGGUCAUGAAGGACAUAAUAGAGGCAAUAAUUACAACUCCCUCCUCUCAGUUAAAAUUUAGCCCCAACAUAGCAAAUGGUGUUUGGGGAGAGCUAGACUCCAAAACAUCACGAGGAGUAUAAACAGAAACCCUUUUUAAAUCUAAGCUGUUUCUAGGACAAACCAGAGGUCUUUCUUGCUCUGGCUACACUUGCUAUCUCCAGAGCAUCCCAGCUGGAUGGCAGCUCGCCACAUCCCUGCCCAGGCACACAGCUGAGCAGUUUGGUCAACAGUCAAGCCCUGCUGUGCUGGUUAAUCGGUUUCCAGGAUGACAACUUUUGCUGCACACCGAGCAGCUCAAGCUGCUAUUCUGGGAUGCCAUGCCCAAACACCCUGGCAUUGACCGGUCCUGCUGCCUGCCCGAAGGCGGGCUGGGGACCGGGCUCGCAAUGUGCAGCCAGUGCAAGGAAGCAAACCAAGGGCCGUUUACACUCCGAGGAGAGGGUAGAAAUGUUUCCCUGCUGCCCCCCGGUUUAGUUGAAACCUGUGCUGUGUACAUAUGCAUGUUUGUAAGAUGUAAUGUGAUGGAGGGCACACUGGGACACGUUGGAUCAAGUGUUUGUCAAGAGCUAGAAGCCAAAAAAGACAAGAAAACAAAAUAAAAAGGAAAAGAAGCCAUGCCGGAUGGACAGCAAUGUUUCCAUAUUUACUUUGUUUACAGUGCUUUGUAAAUAGGUUCCAGUGAGUGUCUUUAGAUGGAUGUUGUGUCAGCUGCCUUCCAGUUUAUCUUUGUCAUGUAGGUUUAUUUACUGUAACUACUUAUGCAAGUUCAACUUUUCUAACAUGUUUUUAUUUUGAACAGUUUUUUAAUUGACAUUUUCAACAAAUAAAGAAGGAUAAAAAUCG